AAGAGAAUAAAAGGAAAUGAUUCAAAUUCCUUGUUUAGGAAGAACGAAAAAAACAAAGGAAAAUCCAUAACUAUUCUCCACAUUUCUCAACCCAGAACGGCGGAGAAAGAUAGAGAAACCACCCUCCAAAUGCUCUAAAAUGGCUUCAAAUUAUGAUCCCAAGUUGCGGACAUUCUCAAUAAUUUACACUUUUACUACAAUUUUCUUUAUUUUUCUGACGAAAUCGCAAUCGUCUGCGCAAAUCCAACCCAAAAACGUAAGCCGCUCGGCGUCUCCAUCCAUCUAUGAUCUCCUGAUCGCCAACGCUCUCCCGGCAGGCAUAUUCCCAAAGGGAAUUUCCAAUUUUUUCUAUGACCACGCGUCCAGACGAUUCGAGCUACGCCGCUCUCGCUCCUGCGCCGCGCGGUUCGAGAGCGAUGUCUGGUACAACGUAACCGUCGCCGGAACCCUCAGCUUCGGCAUGAUUUCGCACCUUUCCGGUGUCGCAGCCCAGGAUCUCUUCCUCUGGCUCCCUGUUAACGAGAUACGCGUCGAUAUCCCCAGCUCCGGCUUGAUUUAUUUUGAUGCCGCCGUCGUUUCAAAGCAGUUUUCUCUGUCGUUCUUCGAAAUCCCACCGGAUUGCAGGGCCCUUGAUAUUGAGAAGCUGGUGUCCUCUUCCCUUUCGUUGUUGCCGCGGCUACCUCAGGGGAACCUUAUAUUGUUCGGUGAUCGUGGCCGGAAAAUUGAGGGUCAAUCAAGGAAACUAAUGAUGCAAAGUUCUGGCACUGGGAGAGCUGUUUCCUAAUUUACUUUCUGGUGGAAGAAUGCCCAAAGUGAGACUAUGAUACAUCACAGGUUCUUUUGGUUUCUUAUUUUUUUCUCCAAGAAUAUAUUGAUAUGUAUGACUGCUCCAUUGCAUUGCACCUGCUAUUUGCGAGGAUGUUUGGCAAUUUUGUAAGAGGGGAAUGAAAACAAGGUACAAAGAACACGAUUUCCCUGUUGAUAAUAAUGUAUAGUGAAUUUGAAAGUGAGGUGUAUGAUCACGUAUAUCUAUCUAUGUACUUUUCUUUUUUAAAUAAAAAAUAAAAAAGGAACUCAUUUUUUUCA